GUGGGACGCGACGAGGUGUAGAAGUACUUGCCCCGCUAGCCUCCUGCAGUACAGAGUCGCCUCAGUCACUCUACCGUCUAGAUCUCUCUUAAGCUGACGAUAAGCCAGACAAGCUGCUUCCCGUCACCAUGAGAGUCAACAAGCUGGUGUUUGCCGUCACACUUCUGUGUGUGUGGCUCAGGUGUGACGCCAAGUCAUUUGAUGCUAUCAGCAAGUGGCAAGGCUUUGAUCAACAACAAAAUCUCAUCUUUGGAGCCCAGGGUCGUCAGGUGGUGGAGCCUGGCGAGACUGCCAGCAAUAACAGUGAUACUAAAACAACGACAAUGGACUUCGAAAACACUAAGGCUCUCACUCGACAAGCCGCAGUGUGUAACAGCACCACACGUCUCCAGCCAGGUGACGAGGUCGUGUUUCAGUCUGAGAAUUAUCCAAACCAGUAUCCCAAUAACCAUACGUGUGAGUGGUUCUUCAAGACUGAUGCUGACAAAACCCUUACUCUUGAGUGUGAUCCAUUCUCUACUCAAAUGCCUCGGGAUAAACUAAGGCUCUUCCAGCCUACAUCAACAAACUACCAAAAUAAUCUCGCUCAAAUAAGUGGUGACGUAGAAUGUUUCAUGGCGGUCAGCUCCACAAAUGAAGUGAGGGCCAUUUUCAAAACAAAUGAUUUAGUAACUUCCACAGGCUUCAGCUGCACUGUCAGUGUCACAGAAGCCGCAGUGUGUAACAGCACCACACGUCUCCAGCCAGGUGACGAGGUCGUGUUCCAGUCUGAGAAUUAUCCAAACCAGUAUCCCAAUAACCAUGCUUGUGACUGGAUCUUCGAGACUGAUGCUGACGAAACCCUGACUAUUGAGUGUGAGUCGUUCUCUACUGAAAUGACUCUUGAUAAGUUAAAGUUCUUCCAGCCGACAGAGACAGCUCUACAAAAAAAGCUCGCUUAUGCAAGUGGGAACUUGAGAAAAUUUAUGACGACCAGUUCCUCAAAUUCUGUGAGGGCACUUUUCAAAACAGAUGGUUCUGUAACCUCCACAGGUUUCAGCUGUACUGUCAGUGUCUCUGGCUCCUUGGACUAGAUACAAGACUACACUGGAGGCAUAUGUGUUUAAGAAGCAGCAAGCUGAAGUAGUGGUGUACCUGUUCCUACCACUGACACACUUGCUGCCCUACUGACCGCCUCCCUACCUGACUCACCACCACAACUCAGCUCAAACCCGCCAGUGAUCCACCCUGCUGACCGUCACUCGCCAGCAUCAGUCUACCUGGCCACUGUAAAACCAGUCAGCAGCAGCGGUAACCUUGCUGAGUUUUACAGGCAUCUGCUUUUAGAAUUCGAUACAGUUUAGGUCAUUUACAAGGACGUACCAUCGGCGUUGUUUAUUCUAAAGCCAAAAGUUAUAUAUGAACGCUGAUUGAUAUUCUUUACUGCGUGUACAAAGUUGAGGCGGAAAGCAACAGAACAAAAGUAUAUAGAGUAGUAAAUUUGAGUAAUUUCCACAAAAUAUGAUGAGUGAAGACAUAACAGAGAAAUUGUUCACUACGAGAGAUGACUUAAUUUUCUAGGACACAAAACCAUUAUGUAUCAUCUACGGUAAUUGUUUUCUCUUGCCAACCAGAGAGAACUGUAACGUCAUCAAUCAACGUCUGUAUAGACAUAAGGUGACACUUGGUCUUGAUAGAAGCCGCAUAGAUUGUCAUGAUUGUAAUUGUUAAAUACUGUUAAACUUAUAAUAGUUGUGAUUAUAAUUGCUAUUACCAUAUAUAUUCUGAUUGUCACGACAACACUGCACAUAUUCUGAUUGUUAUAACUAGAUAUGUUAUUUUAUUUUCUCGUCAUGACUGCAAUUAUUAUAAUAUAGUUUCUGAGUGUCAUGGUAUCAACACCACAUACUGUAUCUUCUGAUCGUCAUUACAGGAUAAAGGUGUCAACUGACAUUAAUAGAUAUGUUAUUCCUAUAAAUUCUGCAAGACAACUAAAAAAUUUUUUUUUACAUAUUUUAAAUACAGACGUAAUUAUUACUAUUAUUGGAGACAUCUUUUUUUCUGAUUGUCAUAAUUGGUUUUAUCAUCACUAUAUUUUCUGAGUAUGAAUUCACUAUUAUAUAUAGUUUCUGAAUUCGGAUCUACACCCAGUUUUAAUGUCUCUUCCACAGCACAUGGUGUAUACUGUGCACUGUUAUUCCCAUCUGUCAGUUCGUCCGUCCAUUAGUUCCUUCUGACAAAGUCUCGUUUCCUUACAUAUGGUUUGUGUUUUCUUAUUAACAGCUUCUUGGUAUUAUGUAAUGAUGAUGAUCAUCAGUAGUUGUGACUCCUCCUCUAGGUUUUUCUGCUGAAAUUUAUGGUCAGAAUUUAACAGUUGUUGCUUAAAUGUGUCUUAAUCCCAACCCAUAUCAACAACUUUCUGGGGAGUUUUUAUGUAUUUCCUUCCUUCAAAAACUUUACAUGUGAAGCUGAGGCAUUUUGAUCUAGUGAUAAUUUGGCGCAAAAAAAAAAAAAAAUCCCCAUUAGAAAA